GUGACGAAAUAAAGUGUUCGCAUGGAUUGAGUGAUCAACUAUGUUACCUCCCACGGCCGGUCUCACUCAAGAACACCGCGACCGGACCGAUAUUAUGGCUUUCCAACAGAGACGCGACGUGAGAGAACUCACACGAGAGAUCAUUCGAGACGCCCGCGUAGCGAACAGGCAGCAGUCAACAUCCCCAGGAGCACGCAACCGUUUCCCAUCAACAUCAUCGACGGACGACAAUGAGAGCGGCACGGACGGCGAGGCGGACAGGUCGCGGCGCGCGAGCCUGGUCCACGGCAUGCCGCCCUCGCAGCCGCCGGGACACAUCGUCACCAUCCGCAAGCGGCGCGGCAACCUGCCCAAACACUCGGUCAAGAUACUCAAACGGUGGCUGUACGAUCAUAGGUACAACGCGUACCCGAGCGACGCCGAGAAGGUUACACUCAGUCAGGAAGCGAAUUUGACUGUCUUGCAGGUAUGCAACUGGUUCAUAAACGCGCGCCGGCGCAUCCUGCCGGAGAUGAUCCGCCGCGAGGGUCACGACCCGCUGCACUACACGAUCUCGCGCCGCGGCCGCAAGCAGCCCGGCGGCGCCUCCUCCAGCGCUUCCAACUCGGGCGUCGUCGUCGCUUCCUGGGACGGCGUUGAGGUAAACACAUU